AAUUUUCUUAUAAUCUACAAAUUCACCGCUCUUUAGUUUUAUUAUCAGACGGUGGAAGGGCAAAGCUGAAGAAACACCCACUUAAUUACAAGAUUAUAACUUAAAGUCAGCCAACUGCACUUCCAAUCCAUAUUCUUUAUUCUACUAGUCAUCUGUCAAAUAUUAACUAAGAGACCAAGACAUCCUAUAUUUGCCCAAGGCCAAGAUUUCUGAUCUUCCAAAAUGGCUUUCUACAAUAUUGCCUCUUCCAUCAACUUAACAAUAUUGGCUACCAUCAUUUUCUUCUAUACGGCUAGUAAUGCCUCCACAAGCGUUGCAAAUGUGACGUCCCAAUCCUCAUCUCUACAACUGGAAGGCAAGGCUCUAUUAGAUAGUGGGUGGUGGAAAUCCUGCUCCAAUAUCUCCUCUUUACAUCGUAAGUGGCCUAAUAUAAAUUGUGAUGUUAUCAUAAAUUCUAGAAGUUAUUGCAAUUGGCCUGGUAUUACCUGCAAUAUUGCUGGAAGUGUCACUGAAAUUUAUCCACCCUCGGACUUGUUCAUAGGAAAUAAGUUUCGUAAAUUGAACUUUUCUUGCUUCCCAAACCUUACUCUUCUUGAUCUCAGAGGCCAUUGGAUUUAUGAGGAAAUCCCUCCUCAACUUGGAGAUCUUACAAAACUAAGGGUACUUGACCUGUCCUCCAAUUACAUUCAUGGUGCUAUCCCCCCUGAAAUUGGGAACUUGAGCAGCCUUCAAAAUUUAGACGUGGGUGACAAUAUUCUCAAUGGGUUAAUUCCAAAAGAGUUAGGACAACUCAAAAAUUUGGUUACUCUUGAUUUGUCUGAUAACAGGCUCAUUGGGUCAAUUCCACUUACUCUUGGUCUUUUAACCAAUCUUACUCAGCUAUACUUGCAAUACAAUCAUUUUCGUGGUGCCAUCCCUCCUGAAAUUGGGAACAUGAGUAGCCUUCAAAAUUUAGAUGUGGGUGACAAUAUUCUCAGUGGGUUAAUUCCAAAAGAGUUAGGGCAACUCAAAGAUUUGGUUACUCUUAAUUUGUCUGAUAACAAGCUCGUUGGCUCAUUUCCACCAACUCUUGGUCUUUUAGCCAAUCUUGCUCAGCUAUAUAUGCAAUACAAUCAAUUUGAUGGUGCCAUCCCUCCUGAAAUUGGGAACAUGAGUAGCCUUCAAAAUUUAGACGUGAGUAACAAUUUUCUCAUAGGUCCAAUCCCAUCUACUCUAGGUGAUUUAUUCCAUUUGAAAUCUCUAUCCCUUUUUAGGAAUUCAUUCAAUUGGUUUAUUCCACAAGAAUUAGGGCAACUCAAAAAUUUAAUUACUAUUGAUUUGUCUGAUAAUAUGCUCGUUGGGUCAAUUCCUUCAUCUUUAAGUUAUUUAAUUAAUUUGCAGAAAUUGACUCUUUCACGAAAUCAAAUUAAUGGGUCCAUUCCUUUGGGGUUAGGAAAUUUGAAAAAUUUAGUUACGUUAGAUCUUGGAGACAAUAACCUCUCAGGCCCAAUUCCGUCAUCCCUGGGACAAUUGUCCAAUUUAACAUUUCUUUUCCUUGAAUCAAAUCUCUUAGAAGGUCCAAUACAAGGAGAACUGUGCAACUUACAUGCAUUGAGUGUUUUGUACCUUGCCAAUAACACAGUGUCUGGCACAAUGCCAAUAGAAAUUGGUGGGCUCUUCAGUAUUAAUGAAUUAGACCUUUCCCAAAAUAAAUUGGAAGGACCCAUUCCUCCCCAUAUUGGUAAUCUUACCAUGCUGUACACUUUAAAUCUCAGUCACAACUUAAUCAGCGGAGAAAUACCUUAUGAAGCAGGGUUCUUGCAACACUUGACACUCGAUCUAAGCUACAAUAAACUUACUGGUACUAUUCCUAAUUUCAGUGCUUCGUUUAAUCAAAUCAAUUUUUCAUUUAACAAUUUCACUGGUCCAAUUCCGUGCAAUUUGCGUAGACUCUUUCCCAUUCAUAGUUUUGUUGGCAACAAGGGUUUAUACGGAGACGAAAUAAAUAAUGUUUGCUUUUCACCCCCAGCAAGCAUUGGCUCUGCAAACUCAAAUAAGUGGAUGCACUAUUCAAAGAUCUUUCUUCCCAUUACCUUGUUUCUUGCCUUCUUGAUUCCCGGAUCAUUAUUCCUCUAUCGUCGGCACAAGAUCAAGAAUUCACAAACUGAGACAAAAGAAUCAAGAAAUGGGGACAUAUUCUCAGUAUGGAACUAUGAUGGCAGGAUUGCCUUUGAAGAUGUCAUUGAAGCAACUGAGAAUUUCGACAUUAGAUACUGCAUUGGAACUGGUGGCUAUGGGAGUGUUUAUAAGGCACAACUUCCUAGCGGCAGAGUAAUUGCCUUGAAGAAACUCCACAGAAUGGAAGCAGAGGAGCCAAGUUUUGACAAAUGUUUCAAGAAUGAGGUGAAACUGUUAACAGAAAUUCGUCACAAGAACAUUGUCAAGCUGCAUGGUUUCUGUUUACAUCGAAGAUCAAUGUUCUUGAUUUAUGAGUACAUCGAAAGGGGAAGUUUAUUCUGUGUACUAAGAAAUGAGGAAGAAGCUGCGGAAUUAGAUUGGAUGAAAAGGGUGAACAUUGUGAAAGGAAUGGCAUAUGCUUUAUCAUACUUGCAUCAUGAUUGUAGCACACCAAUUGUUCAUCGAGACAUAUCAAGCAACAACAUUUUGUUGAACUCUGAUUGGGAGGGUAUUGUAUCUGAUUUUGGAACAGCAAGAUUUCUUUAUCCUGAUUCAUCCAACCAAACUAUACUUGCUGGCACGCAUGGAUAUAUUGCUCCAGAGCUUGCAUAUACUAUGGUCGUGAAUGAAAAAUGCGAUGUGUAUAGCUUUGGAGUGGUAGCACUGGAAAUAGUUAUGGGAAAGCAUCCUGGAGAACUUCUUUCCUCAUUACCAUCAUCACCAUCAGAUCCACACAUAAUGUUGAAAGAUGUGUUUGAUUCACGUCUCCUUCCUCCAACCAACCACGUGGUUGCUCAAAGUGUGAUUCUUGUGGUCACAUUAGCACUAGCAUGUCUGCGAUUCAACCCAAAAUCUCGACCAACAAUGCAGCAAGUGUGUAGAGAGUUUCUUGUUCACAAGCCAGUUCCAUUGCCUCAACUUGUUCAGGAAAUUCCUUUAUGGCAUCUGAUGAAUCAAGACAUCUGCAUAGUGGAGCAAAAUUAGCUAGAAAAGGUUAUUAACAAGUGUUGAAGUGUUGGACAAAAACAGGAGGGCGUUGGCAAAGACAGUCGGCUACAUGAAAUUGCAGGUCUAUCUCAUCUUCUGAAAUUAAAGCGUCCUCAGGCUAAUAAUGGCUUCACUAAAUUGUGUUUUGAUAAUCAUAAAUUAUCAUUCUUGUAAGUAAUUUUGUGUAAUUUUGAUGAUUCAAUUGUUGUGCUGUUUUAGAGAUUUAAAAAUCCCAAAACAUUGUAUCGAUGUGAAAAACCUUAAUUAGGAUCUGUUGCUUACCACAA